AAGUAGAGGACGAUAGAUAGAUAGAAAGGAACACAACAAUCGAAUUUGUCAUGACAGAUGACUAGUAUAUAUGUAUAUAUAUAAUAUUGAAUCAAUGGAUGGAUGAACAAAUGGAUGGAUGGAUGGAUGGAUGGAUGAAUGGAUUACCUCUACGUUUCUCUCUCACUCUCUCUCUCUAAGGUCAAUUGGAAUGAAACAACAUCAAAUAUAAAUAAUUGAACGUCCUUGAUAUAUUUACACCUUGUUAUCAUUUACGAACCAUUCACUUUUGAUACAAAACGACAAUCAGUCAUUACACACACACUCACACACGUACAUCAUUUUUACAUUUAGUUCAAAACGAAAUAGGUUGAAUGGAAUCACCUUUUUAUUAUAUACAUAUAUACAGAUAUUCUGUCAUGACCAAUAUAUGAAGUCAUGGUUGAACUUACCAUUCUCUUUUUAUUUUUUAUUUUCUGUAGAGUGCUGAACAGAAGCCCACUGCUGCCAACCCCAUGAAGGCUCUCAACAUUGAAAAGCUUGUUCUCAACAUCUCUGUUGGUGAAUCUGGUGAUCGUUUGACCCGUGCUGCCAAGGUGCUCGAACAAUUGACUGGUCAAACCCCUGUCUACUCCAAGGCUCGCUACACUGUCCGUACUUUCGGUAUCCGUCGUAACGAAAAGAUCUCUGUUCACGUUACUGUCCGUGGUCCUAAGGCUGAAGAAAUUUUGGAACGUGGUUUGAAGGUCAAGGAAUACGAAUUGCGUGACCGUAACUUCUCUGCCACCGGUAACUUUGGUUUCGGUAUUGAUGAACACAUUGAUUUGGGUAUCAAGUAUGAUCCUUCCAUUGGUAUCUACGGUAUGGAUUACUACGUUGUCAUGGGUCGCCCUGGUUUCCGUGUCGCUCGUCGCAAGCGUGCUCAAGCUUCCGUUGGUGUCAACCACAAGAUCAAGAAGUCUGAAAGCAUCGAAUGGUUCAAGUCUCGUUUCGAUGGUAUUGUUUUGAACAAAUAAAUAGUAUGUUCUUUCUCCUCUACUUCUUUUUUUUUAUCAACUGUUUAUGCAUUCUCUCUCUGUUACAAAUACAAAUAAAAAAAUUUAUCUAGUUUUUUUUAUGGGCCAUUCU